UCAAUGGAAAGCAACCUUUGCGUGAUGUCAAGGAGAGUAGGGGUGGUCUGAACCGAGACUGGUUUUAAACCUUUCUCCAUUCAUCACUCAUUAUUCAUCGCAUGAACUCUGACCAAGCACGUCACCUGCAAUCCUUCACGAUGACCCAAUGUGUAACUAUCCACUGACCCUUCACUGAUCAUCCAGGGGCCACAUCACUCUGUGCGCUCCACCUCACGGCAUCAUGGGGGACGUAGUUCAAAUGCACUUCAGCACGGUGGAUUACGUGAUUUUCGUCUUGCUGCUAGUGGCCUCCGCUGGAAUCGGCCUUUACUACGCUUUCUCAGGGGGUCGCCAGAGUACCACGCAGGAGUUCCUGCUGGCCGACCGCAGCAUGCGCUGCCUUCCGGUGUCUCUUUCACUACUGGCCACUUUUCAAUCAGCGGUGGCCAUCCUGGGCGCCCCAUCGGAGAUUUACACCUAUGGGACGCAGUACUGGUUCCUGGGCUGCUCCUACUUCCUGGGCCUGCUCAUCCCUGCACACAUUUUCAUUCCGGUUUUCUAUCGGCUCCGCCUCAGCAGCGCCUAUGAGUAUCUGGAGCUUCGUUUUUGUAAAAGUGUUCGGAUAUGUGGCACUGCGACCUUCAUCUUUCAGAUGGUUAUCUAUAUGGGAGUUGUUCUGUAUGCUCCCGCACUUGCACUAAAUGCAGUAACAGGUUUUGACCUUUGGGGAGCAGUGCUAGCCAUGGGAUUGGUGAGCACGCUUUAUACAGCAUUGGGGGGUCUGAAAGCAGUGAUCUGGACAGACGUGUUCCAGACAAUCGUGAUGUUUGCGGGGCAGCUGGCAGUGAUCGUGGUGGGUACCCACCAGGCAGGGGGCAUCGCUGAAGUAUGGAGGAAAGCACAAAACGGCAGCCGUAUCUCAGGCCUUGACCUGAACCCUGACCCGUUAGAGAGGCACACGUUUUGGACUCUAGGAGUGGGGGGCGUUUUCCUCAUGCUGGCCCUGUAUGGAGUGAAUCAGGCUCAGGUCCAGAGAUAUCUCAGCUCCCGCACAGAGAAAGAGGCCAUAAUGUCCUGCUAUGUGGUGUUUCCAUGCCAACAGGUUGUGCUCACAUUGGGCUGUCUAAUGGGUCUUGUUAUGUACGCUCGAUAUGGGGAGGAGAGCCCCCUGGAUAAGGGCUACGUCAAAACCAAUGACCAGAUGGUACUGUACUUUGUAAUGGAUGUGUUGAGAGAUCUUCCUGGUUUACCAGGACUGUUUGUUGCCUGCCUGUUUAGUGGAGCUCUCAGCACAAUCUCAUCUGCCUUCAACUCUCUGGCAACAGUUACCAUGGAGGACUUGAUCAAACCACAUGUCCCAGCCAUGACGGAGGCUCGUGCCACCCUCUUAUCAAAAAUGUUGGCGAUUGGCUAUGGGCUUGUGUGUCUAGCUAUGGCGUACCUCGCAUCCCUAAUGGGCUCUGUGCUGCAGGCGGCACUCAGUAUAUUUGGGAUGGUGGGAGGACCUCUUCUUGGCCUUUUCUGUCUUGGGAUGUUUUUUCCUUGGGCCAAUUCCACUGGUGCUCUGGUUGGACUGGCAUCAGGGCUGGUCAUGGCUUUCUGGAUCGGUAUCGGCAGUUUUGUUUCACGUAUGUCUCCACCUGGGAUAAAUGGCACCAUCAUGCCUGAUGUAGGAAACAUGACAACAGCUAUCAUGACGACGCUCAUCACAACUAAACCCAGGCCCUCUGGAGUUCAGGCUCUGUACUCUUUAUCAUACAUGUGGUACAGUGCUCAUAAUUCUACCACGGUUGUGGUGGUGGGACUACUGGUCAGCUUUCUCACAGGGCCAUGGAAGGAGAAGGACUUAAACCCAGGUACCAUUUACCCUGUGCUUGGCACUUUGCUGUUCUUUCUGCCAGAACGGUACAGGGAGAAACUCUGCUGUGUAACCCCACUGGAAGACAAGCCCAAAGGUCUGGACCUCCAGCCUUACCUGAUGGCCCAGAUAAAGAGCAACGGUGUUGCCUGCACUAAUGAAGAAGACAAGAUCAGGGAAGAGGAGGGAGAACAGAUAACCGCCCAGCCAACUUGUAACCUGGCCCAUACGGUGCAGGAAACAGCCUUGUGAAAUCUCCUACACUAUGUCAGACCUAAAGGACACUUAGUUUCCCACACGCUCAAGGAGAAAAACAUCUGUUAGAAUGUCAACAGAUGCCAGCGAUGGAGGUGAGGGGUUGUCUUGUUUAUAUGUGAUACUUUAUGAUGUCAGUGGUCUGUCAUAAAAAUCGUAUUGUGUUUGAGAUCCUGUUGAACAAAUUGAGAUGUGUUGAGCUGAUGUGAUCACCUAAAUCUUUUAGUUUACAUGUCCUAAAUUUAAUCUUAAGAUUACUUGGUUGAAUAUUGCUGGGUCGUGAUAUAUGCGUCGCACACGCACAAAUCAAACGAACGGCGGGUUUAAGAUUUAAGGUUUAUUACAAGAAAGACCACAGUUUGCACAAAUCUUUAGUCGUUUAAUGUCACUGCCAUUCAAGUUUCGGGGUUUCUCUCUCCCAAAGAUUUUGUUCACUACCAUUAGCCUUUCCAUUCUGUUUGCCUUUGAAAGCACUACAGAUGAGUUCACUAAACCGAGUUAAGUUUACAGCAAAUGAAGAAUGGCUAGUAUCGAAAAAUGUAAAUGUAGUGAACUUUCAGCGUGUCAUCUGCAGUGAAGAAGUGCCAUAUUGUGAUCGAUCCAAUGAAUCUAAUGCCUGUUUAAUCUGUAGUUACCUCAUUGAAGCCCAUUGUUUGUGACAAGUGCCUCCUCAUAUGAAUGUAUGAUGUAGUUUUGUGACUGGAUUGUUUCUUUAGUUUGUCGUUUUCGUAGUCUAACCCAAAUGGAGCAUGGCCCUGACCAUGAUAAGAUGUUUUUUAAGCAUCUGGAUGCCCCUCUAUUGAAUUCCCAUGAUGCUUUGCAUUUUGAGAGCCUGGCUAACUAUACUUUAACAUCUCAAAAAAUAUAUAUUUAUGUUUGCCUAGAUUGUAUAUUAUUUUGAUAUACAUAAAACCAUCUUGAAUUAUGACCCUGAUAAGAUGGUUUUUAAGCAUCUAGAUGCCCCUCUAUUGAAUUCCCAUGAUGCUUUGCAUUGUUAGAGCCUGGCUAACUUUACUUUAACAUCUUUAAAAAAUAUAUA